CGAUACGAUGGUCCCUUUCAAAUUCACUUCUCAGCGAAUUAGAUCCAACUUGAUACGUUUGACGUUUUCCUCGCUGUAUCUAGCGAAUCACAAUAGUCAAUAACCGAAGGUGGCAAAAGGUUCCGCUAACAUGAACCAUCGGACUAUUUUCAGGCAACAGUGUUCCCGUUUUCUACCAGCGAAUCUUAGCUUGCCUUCAAGACGAAGGGUACGCUCUGUUCGGCUCGAUGUUCCAUCAAGGUUUUCCUCACGCCAAUUUUCGUCGCUGGUAUCCUGGGACGUCGAAGAAAGCAGCGAGAAAAAAACUAUUGGAAUCGUCACACUAAGAUCUCCCGAGACGUACAACUCCUUGUCGGAAGAAAUGGCAGACGAAUUUCGAGACUUGAUGUUCCAAUUGGAAGACGAGCUCUCGGAUACGGAAGGCAACAGCAUCAGCAAGAACGUCGGUGCUAUAGUCUUGCGUGGAGAAGGGGACAAAGCCUUUUCAGCGGGCGGAAAUCUCAAGUUCCUCCAAUCAAAAAAGGAGAAUUCCGUUCACGCUAAUGUCGAUGGAAUGCUCCGAUUCUAUAAGAGUUUCUUGUGCGUACGGGAAAAAAUNGUUAAGUGGUCGCACAAAAACUACGCGCAUGGGGGUGCGACCAAACCCCGUGAUCACUUUUUGUGACGUAGUAGUAGUAUGGGGGGUACUACUACUAGGACUCACUAUUAGUAAUAAAUAUCCCUCAUUGUCACUAGAAACCAAGCUGUAUAUAGCACUAGUUGUACUAGUACUAGUAAUACUCCUGCUACUAGCACUGCUAGCACUAGCACUAGUAAUACUACUACUACUACUUGGGGGGGCUCCUAGUAGUAGUAGUACUACUACUACUACUAGUAGGACCUCCUACUUAUACCAGUAGUUUCAGUAUAAAAAUUGUAUGUCCCAACUACCCACUGAACCCAACAUGUUCAUUAGAAUGUUAAGAUGAAUUCUACAAAAAACUAGGUCUUUCUUGCAUGCUUAGAUCCUUUUUUACACCACAAUUAAGUUUGCACUGUAGAUUGUGCAGUUUUUUACAUGCAUUUUACACAUAAGGGACUAAAUUUGUACUUAAUUGCAAAUUUGCAGUUUCGUCGCCGCGUAGAUUACUUGCUUUUUGCUUUAAAAUAAAAUACGAAAGAGUUCUUUUUGCUCAUGUCUGCCCGUGUCGGGAUGAUUGUGAAAUACAGUGAACAAUUGUACAGUAGCACAUGUUGGUCGUAUGGAUAACGAUACGAUGGUCCCUUUCAAAUUCACUUUUCAGCGAAUUAGAUCCAACUUGAUACGUUUGACGUUUUCCUCGCUGUAUUUAGCGAAUCACAAUAGUCAAUAACCGAAGGUGGCAAAAGGUUCCGCUAACAUGAACCAUCGGACGAUUUUCAGGCAACAGUGUUCCCGUUUUCUACCAGCGAAUCUUAGCUUCCCUUCAAGACGAAAGGUACGCUCUGUUCGGCUCGAUGUUCCAUCAAGGUUUUCCUCACGCCAAUUUUCGUCGCUAGUAUCCUGGGACGUCGAAGAAAGCAGCGACAAAAAAACUAUUGGAAUCAUCACACUAAGAUCUCCCGAGACGUACAACUCCUUGUCGGAAGAAAUGGCAGACGAAUUUCGGGACUUGAUGUUCCAAUUGGAAGACGACCUCUCGGAUACGGAAGGAAACAGCAUCAACAAGAACGUCGGUGCUAUAGUAUUGCGUGGAGAAGGAGACAAAGCCUUUUCAGCGGGCGGAAAUCUAAAGUUCCUCCAAUCAAAAAAGGAGAAUUCCGUUCACGCUAAUGUCGAUGGAAUGCUCCGAUUCUAUAAGAGUUUCUUGUGCGUACGGGAAAAAAUACCAGUUCCCGURAUUGGYGCUCUCCACGGACCUGCGGUGGGAGCAGGGGCCUGUCUGGCGCUAGCCUGUGAKAUGAGGGUAGUAGCCUCUGGAGAUCGACCUAUUCUGGGCUUUCCGUUUUCUAAGCUCGGAAUUCCUACUGGAAUGGGCGCYCUGCACCUUUUGCAAAACUCAAGCAAGUUGAGCAACACCCARGCAGGAGAAAUCUUGUUUCUGGGGAAGACUCUUACAGGAGAAGAGGCYUUGGACUGUGGKCUAGCCAAUCGAUUGGUUCCAAAAGAAAGGGUCAAGGAAGAAGCCAAACAACUGGCACUGGAAAUUGCUCGGACUGGCCACCCUGUUGCGAUUCGGUCUAUGGYACGAAGCAUGCGACUGGCAACCGACCAUGGUAGCGGGAGCCUUGCCGAUUGCAUGUAUAGAGAUGCCCACGCCCAGGCCAUGUGCUACAACCGUGAGGAUUGGGGAGAAGGCCUGCGCGCCGCAAAAACCAAGAGAGACCCCAGCUUCGAUGAUUACCAUUCCAAAUGACAUUACGUGAUGGAUGAUGUGUGAUGUGGUAGCAAUGCAGGAGCAAGAAUGCCAAAAGAGUUUUGGAGGUCACCGUUUCUGUGUAUGCAACAAGAGAAGGAAAAUAGGAUUCUUGGACGAAACAGGCACUUUCUUAAAAACCCAACAGGCAGUCGACGUUGGCGACAAUGAUAAAGCAUCGACGGAAAUCAUCAUCAAGACCAUUGAUAUCGUUCUGUGAUCAUUCAGCACAUCGUAGUCGCCCGUCACCCCUAAUUUUAUCGGAGUUAUUAUUACUAAAUUUUUGGAAAGACUUCAGUUUUUCAAAAAGAGGAUGAUACGCCUGCGUCCAAAUCUUUUUCGUAAAAUCUUCACAGCUCAUCGGUUAUAAAAAUGGGUUCCAUUU